AGAAUGAUCAGAUGCCGCCUUUGGCAACAGUGGCCGAAGAAAGGCCACGUGGUUUCAACGCGUGUCAAACCGGUCAGAACUGGAAUGAUGGCGAGGACCGCAGCAGGCAAGGAAACAACCAUUUCCCCGUUAUGCCAUCCCAAAAACUAUCUCCGUGUCCAAGAAAAAACUUACGGCCGCUGUUGGACAGCAAUGUGAAUCGUUUGACUAACCACCGGGAUAUCGGUGCUAGCCCAAGCUGCAGCUCGGGGUGCACCAGCAGAAGCUCGUCUCCUCGUUGUGCGGAGAAUAGAAACAGAUCAAACAGGUGCGUGCUGGCAAGCAAGACGGACCUGCGGAAAGGGACGAUGCAAAACAGCGGCAACGGGGCCCCGAACUCCAACUGCGAAGAACGGGGGUGCCCCAACAGUGUCGAGAUUAUGUCCCCUUGGAGUGCACCCAGCGAAAGGUCUCAAAGCACGUUGUCCUGCGCAUCUAAUGAAGAGACACAUGAAUUGAAACAAUCUCGAAACAUGUCCGGUGUUCAAACCGGAAGUCGUGUGAAUGUUGAUAGGUCAGCAGACGUUUGUCAAAGAAACACCCGCGGUGAAGAAUGUGUGACAGGUGCCAAGUUUGACGAUGCCGUGUCAGCUGUCACUUGGCCUGCAGACAACACCGACAUUUCUGUCAAAACAGGAUCGAAUGAUGCAAUGGGCACGUCAAAUACUCAGAAUGAGGCUUGCGCGAGUUCCAGUGGGCCUGUAGCCGUAACACGCGUGUCUCCACUUGCGGUAUCGGGUGACAAGGUCCAAUCACGAACGUCGAUCAAUCUCAACAACAACAAGAGGUUAAGCCUCAGCUCCAAGACAACGCUGUCUGAAGCAAAAUUGUCGGAGAACGGGGAUAUUCUGAGAAAGGCUAAGAGGCCCUCCAAGAGAAGUGGACUGUACACGGUUAUGGGGAGAACGGACAGCGUAGCGGGUCUUCUUGUCGGUGAAGAGGGGUUUGAUAGCAGCAAGAAAAUCGAUAACUGUAACAAUGACACGAGAUUUGGAAGGCGCUUUGGUUACAACGUUGCAGCUCUGAAUAAUAACGUUUCGGGUCUUUUUGAAACAAGGCUAGGCGGUCGACAAAAUGUGAUUGGUCCUUAUACCCACACGCUUGAAGGCGAUUGGUCUGAAUCCUUGCAAACCGGUAAUACAAACCGCAAAUCGGUCACAAAUCUAUCCAGUAACGAAAACAGAAGUGGAAAGCGGAUGGGCUAUGAGGCGACAGCUCAAAGAGAUACCAUGGGGAGUUUGAUUACAGGGAACUACAGGGAAACCAUUCGUAGUGGCAGGAGAAGUUGCCAGGACGGAGGCUACUCUUCGAUGGCCGACUCCAAUAACCUCAAAAGUAUUUUGUGCGAUCCAAUGCCAUGCAAUAACAACAACAAUAACAUGCUUUUACUGGCCCGUGACCUCGAACUGCAAUACAGCCCUAGUGAAAUUUGUAAUGAAUCCAGCUUAUCCAGAGAAGAUUCGGCCGAUGUUUCAAAUAGUGGAAACACUGCCUACUCCCCAGAGUACGUCUCCUUCAUUUAUUCCAACCAUACCCUAGUGGAUGAUCUUAUUUUGGAGGGGGCAGAUAUGGACCCAGAAAUCCCAAAGAAUGGGGCAAACAAGUUAACACGCGAGGGCUCCGAUAAUCAUUUGGAGCGGAUCAUUAGAGGGAUGAAAUACCUCGACGCACGUGUCUGUCUGUGCACCAACAACAACUCCAGGUACAACGACAUCUUUGAAGUACACUGUAAACCGUUGCAGCUGUGCAAGCCCCAGGGCAACGGUGCCCAGCUCAAGCCGUUUAAAUGCCGAUCCAAAUCAUGGGUUAGGCCGGUGUCCAAAGUGAUAUGUACUGGGACCCCUGCCAACGGUGAGCCCAAUAAUGGGGGAAAACACCAACCAAUGGAAUGCACUGUAUUGCCCGCCUCUGGGGCGGCCAAUGAAGAUCUCGUUUUACUCUGCAAGCCCAGGAGGAGCAAAACCCCAGAGAUCGGCUACGGGACUUACAAAAUUAUCGGAGGGCUCUCUCACCGGCACCCGCCUCCGGCGGAUCUCCUCGCCAACCUAAAACUGCCGCCUCAUCUGGUCGAGUACACCGAGUUCAUGAGGCGGUGUCCCAAUUUCACCAUAGGUCGUUACGAUAAGUCGGACCCGGCCUAUGAAAUGCUGCUCCCCGCGAACAGGACGUCGCAGGCGUUGAAAAUGCAGCUGAAACCGUUCGUGUACGCCAGGAACCCGAGAGCGGGCAAGUACCCGCCGCUUUACCACGACCCCGUCUCGACGACGAGAGACUUGCAAUGGAGUCUCCCGGCUUUUGUGAACGCGCGUUAAAUGACCCAUGCACAUUAGGA